AUGUUAAAUGGUCUCAAUAUCUUGUCCUCAUACACGGACUAUUUCAAGCUCAAUAACGCCACAACUGGGCUCAAUACUGCCUCCGUUUUCAUUGGUGGCUUCUUGGGGCCUUUAGUAUCAGGAGUCAUUGCAGAUCGGUUGGGCCGUCGUCCGGCAAUAUUCUGGGGGUCAUGUCUGACCAUUGUUGGCAUCAUCAUCCAAACCGCUUCACAGAAUAUUGGCAUGUUCGUCGCCGCCAGAAUAAUACUCGGAUUUGGAAGUGCAAUUACCGGGGUUGCCGGCGGCGUUUAUUUAUCAGAAGCUUUCCCAAGUCGUUGGCGUGCAUGGGGCGUUGGACUCUUGAAUGAUUUCUACUAUGUUGGGGCUCUCAUUGCUGCCGGUGUAACUCUCGGCACGGGACAGUGGCAAUCGACAUGGGCCUGGAGAGCCCCUUCGCUUUUCCAGGCCAUUUUCUCUAUGCUUUGCAUAUUGACUCUACCAUUCAUUCCUGAAUCUCCACGUUGGCUCGCUCACCAGGGCCACUUUGAAGAGGCCCGGCUUUCGGUUGCACAGACAAACUCAAAUGGGGUACUCUCCGAUCCAGUAGUUCUCACAAUUUUCAAAGAAAUUGUGGAUACUUUGAAGUGGGAAAAAGAGAACGUGCACGACAUGAGCCCCAUCGAGAUUCUUAGAACUCCUUCAGCGAGAAAACGCCUCCUUGUUGGGAUAUCACCGGGGCCAUUUUCCUGCAUUGCUGGUAACAUAAUUGCGUCCUAUUACUUCGGCUCAGAACUUGAUACGGCUGGCAUUACGGAAAAGAACGAGCAGCUGAAAGCAAAUGUGGUUCUCAACAUUUGGUGUCUUGUAUGUUGUCUCGUCGGAACGCAUCUUGCAGCAAAAUGGGGACGAGGACUCUCCAAAAUAUAUGCCGCAAAUCCGAAAGGCGCAUCCGGCUCACUUGUUUACGGAAAUGUAGCCGUUAUGUUCCUCUUCCAAGGCUUUUACUCUAUCGGAUGGACACCACUCUUAUAUCUUUACCCAUCAGAGGUCAUGAAUUACUCUAUUCGGGCCAAUGGGGUAGCUCUCUCAUCAUUUGUGCUGAAUGCAUUUGCCCUGGUUUUCACUUUCAUCAUGCCGAUCGGCCUGGGCAACAUUGGAUGGAAGAUGUACAUGAUCAAUGCAAGCUGGGAUAUUAUUAUCCUAGGCCUUAUUGCUUAUUAUUGGGUAGAGACCAAAGGAAAGACACUGGAAGAGAUUGACGCGUUGUUUGACGGCGAGAAGCAUUCCUCGGUUCCUGAUGUUGAGAGAAUUGAGAAAAACCAGAAGGACAUUGAUACUAUUGCUAUCGAGGAGCAACUGGUUGCCGAGCUGAAUUCAGAGAGAGGGAAAGCGUCGUGA